ACCAGCUCAACAACUUCACUGUACUGUUAGUGAUAAUCUGCAAUCUGACCACAAUGUCUCAGCUGGACAAACUGAUGGACAAGAUCAUAGAUCUGUUUCAGCAUUAUGCUAAGAAGGAAGGAUGCAUCUACACUCUGAACAAAGCGGAAGCUAAGGAAUUAAUCACCAAGGAAUUUUUGGGAGAGUGUAAGGAAAAAAACACACAGCAGAAAAUGGAGCAAUAUAUGACACAAUUGGAUAAUAAUCAAGAUGGUGAGGUGUCAUUCAUAGAGUUCAUGAGUCUGGUCUCCAUCUUCACUGUAUUCACAAACUACGAUUUAAUGGGAUGUCAGGUUCCUGCACCACCAAAGGGAAAAUGCUGAAGCCAUUCUAUUGUAGAUGGCUGUUGGUAGCGUUUCAAACGUUGUUCAUUGAUGUCUGCAGCUGUCAUACCUCUUUCUUGUUCUGACCCUUAUGACAGUUCAAUAAAAGAUGUUUAACUGUU